CUUUGGUCCCCCAGGUAGCUUCAAAGGAAAUGAGAAAUUUACUGUUGCCAACUCGCCUCAUCACCAAAUCACCCUCAAAUCCUCUCUUCUUCUUCUUCCCCUCCAAGAAAAAUUUCUUAGUGAACACUCACAAUCAACACCCCAGAUUCUCUCUCAUAGCUAAUAAUUUCUCCAAAGUCACCCUCGCUAACCAUCGAAAUUUCUCGAUAAUGGCUGGUGCUAGCAGCAGCACCGAUGAGUUUGUCAAGGGAAAUGUGCAUCCAAACGGCGUAGCUGUCAUCACUCUCGAUCGUCCCAAAGCUCUCAACGCCAUGAAUUUAGAUAUGGAUAUCAAAUACAAAAGUUUUCUUGAUGAGUGGGAAUCGGACCCCAGAGUCAAAUGCGUCCUGGUUGAGGGAAGCACACCCCGCGCCUUUUCUGCAGGAAUGGAUAUUAAAGGGGUUGUUGCAGAAAUUCAAAAGGACAAAAACACACCACUUGUCCAAAAGGUGUUCACUGCUGAGUAUACACUAAUAUGCAAAAUUUCUGAGUACAAGAAGCCAUAUAUAUCUUUAAUGGAUGGAAUUACUAUGGGCUUUGGCAUAGGCCUGUCAGGACAUGGUAACUAUCGUGUCAUAACAGAGAGGACUCUUCUUGCUAUGCCAGAAAAUGGAAUUGGUUUGUUCCCUGAUGUUGGGUUUUCAUACAUAGCAGCACGGAGCCCAGGAGGAGGAUCUGUAGGUGCAUACUUAGGGAUGACAGGGAAAAGGAUUUCUACUCCUUCUGAUGCCCUAUUUGUUGGUCUUGGGACACAUUAUGUACCAUCUGGCAAUUUAGUUUCAAUGAGGGAGGCCCUGCUGUCCACUAACUUUACUGAGGAUCCACAUCAGGACAUCAAAGCAGUUUUAUCGAAAUAUAGCAGUAUCCCUGACUCUGAGCCCUCGUUGAAGUUGCUUCUACCACAGAUCACGUCGUCCUUCGGUGUUCGUAAAUCUGCCAAGGAGACAGUUGAAGAACUGAAGAAACAUCAGCAGAGUAGUGAUGCUGUGGUUGUAGAAUGGGCUAAUGAGGCUCUUCAAGGUCUUGGAAAAGGUGCACCUUUUUCUCUUUGUUUAACACAAACGUACUUCUCCAGAGUGGCAUCGGGACAGGGCAACAAGGAAAAUGAAUUAUCAACACUAAGUGGUGUGAUGAAAACUGAAUAUCGCAUUGCAGUAAGGUCUUCUUUGCGAAGUGAUUUUGCUGAAGGUGUUCGGGCAGUGUUGGUGGACAAGGAUCAGAAGCCUAAGUGGAACCCUCCAAGUCUGGAUGAAGUUGAUCAGAGUGAAGUGGAAUCUCUCUUCAAACCUUUAGGUCCAGAGGUUGAGGAGUUGAAAGUGUGAGGUUUGCAUCUUAAGUUCUCAUAGCUAUUUGCUGCUAUUAAUAAUGUAAGGAUUCUAGGCUCAAUUAAAGAAAGUAAAGUCUGGCAUCAGGAAAAUUCCACAGCAAGUUUAUCAGGACGACAUUUUCUAUUCAAAUUGUAAUUCCAAUUAUCAUUCUGGACUUGGAAAUCACAAGUGGUUCGUAGCCUUCCAGUUUGAAUUCUGAAACAUUUUUGGCUCUGACCUUAAUAAAGUCUCUUUGCUGCAAA